AUGACUCCGAUCUUACUUAUUGGGACUCUGGUGCUCACUUUUGGUACUCGAGCGUUCUCGAGAUUUGUCCUCAAAUUACAAAACGUGGGAUAUGAAUCACUACCGGAUUCGAAUUUCGAGCGACAGACAACCACUGGGAGGGGUGAACGAGAGAUUCUGAGCUCGACUCACCAGCCAAACCGCCAUCUCAAUCCUCCUCAACCCGAGGAAGAAGCAGGCAUUGUCCCCGUCGUCGUCCCCCUCCGCAAACCACGUCGGAACUGGAUCUAUGCCGUCCACGGUUUAAUCAUCUUGAGUUAUUUCUUCGAUGGACUGGUGAUCUGUGUCCGAGCUGUCUGGGCACAUUGCUGGGAACCAUCUGAAAUGGCUGUCUGGCGAGCCCUCGAUGGCUAUGUCGUCAGCUGUCUGGUCGCUUUCGUUGGUUGUAUUGUGGCUAUGAGUUGGGAGGAGCGUGGUUCGGGUCAAUUAGGCGGUUGGGGUAAAAUCUAUACUAGAGUCUUUAGUACCCAAGCCUUACUGGGGGAAAUGGUAAUCGGAAUAUCGUGUCUCAUGCUUCUUACUCGCUCCCCUCAAUCCAACACAUCAACCGCGUCACCUAAUCACACCAGUAUAGACCCAUAUGACCUACUUCAUGCAAUUAACCUCUCGGUGCGGCUAUUACUGGUGAUCAGCUUGAGCUUACUACAGACCAGAUUCCUCUAUCAUAAAGAGUUUGUGUCCCUAAGUUCCCUGCGACCAUCAACAGCUGAAGUCUCUCCGGAACGAUCCGCAGGAGGGUACGGGACUUUUGUGCCAUCCAACGGCUCGAAUGCGCAUGUUCUCAGCACCAAGGCUCAGAUGAGGGAAGCGCCAAAACCGACAGGCGUUCUCAAGAUGAUGAAACGAGUCAAAAUCUUGUUCCCGUAUCUUUGGCCGCGUCGGAGUAGAGCCCUCCAGGCAGUCGCCCUAUGUUGUUUCUUACUCCUGUUUGUGGGCAGGGCGGUCAACCUGAUGGUUCCCAUGACCCUUGGCGAGGCCACUGAGGAUCUUUCUCAAAGUCGCUCUCCCUGGUUACACCUGGCUGCCUACGUCGGUUUGAGAUUCUUGCAAGGCUCUGGUGGGAUCAUUAAUGUUAUCUUGCAAAGCUUGUGGGUCCCCGUGGCGCAGUAUGCAGAUCGAUCAAUGUCGAUGAUGUCUUUUCGACAUAUUCUAGACCUGUCUCUGUCGUAUCAUACUAGACGUAAGACGGCUGAAGUGCUCCGGAUCUUGGACCGCGGAUCUGCUAUCAACCAAUUCUUUCAAAUGCUAUUUUUCAGUUUGAUACCAAUUGUCUUAGAUAUUGGACUAGCAGUGGGCUAUCUUGCAAUCAGAUUCGACAUCUUUUUGGCCGGUAUGCUGCUCUUCAUCAUGAUUGCAUAUGCCGCAGUUAGCGUUCUGUUAACCCAAUGGCGGACUGCUAUCCGCAGAGAAAUGGUCGAUAAAGAUAAAUAUACCAGAGGAAUUCAAGGAGACUCCCUUCUGAAUUGGGUACGAAACCAUAGCCUGGUUUACACGAAAACCUUUGAAACCAAUCGGUAUCUAGAUGCAACUAUCGACUACAGCGAUCUGAUUCAUGGUCAUGUCGUCCUUAUAUACUCUCAAUUUUGCACAAAUGCGAUAAUUUCCGUUGCGCUUCUGAUUGGUUGCUUCGCAGUAGCUUUUCAAGUCAGCACUGGUCGCAAAACCGUUGGGGAUUUCGUGCUAUUUGUCUCUUAUGUUGCGCAAUUGGUUGGACCUCUGAAUCAGUUGGGGACUUUGUACAGGGUCAUCCAGCAGAACCUAACUGAUACCGACAACCUAAUGAAGCUCUUAGCUGAGCCAAAGGAGAUUGAAGACCGACCUAGUGCGCAAACCAUCAUUAAAGCCAAAGGCACCAUAGAAUUUGAUCAUGUUGGAUUCAGCUAUGAUGGCAAGAGUUCCGCGUUAGAAGACAUAUCAUUCACUGUUCCGGCUGGAUCUUCUGUUGCUUUGGUUGGUGAGAGCGGAAGCGGGAAAUCGACGAUUUUGAGGCUGUUGUUCAGGUUCUAUGAUCCUACCGCUGGAUCAAUUAAACUGGAUGGAGUUGACAUUCGUGAUCUUACUCAAGCAAGUUAUCGAAGCCAAAUUGGUAGUGUACCACAAGACGCUGCCUUGUUCAACGACACAAUUAGAUACAAUAUUGGUUAUGGUGCAAUCGGUGUUAAGCCGGACGGACCCACCAUGGAAGAUGUGGUGGAAGCAGCAAAAGCUGCUCAGAUUCAUAAUCGUAUCAUGUCAUUUCCAGACGGGUAUGAGACUCGAGUUGGGGAACGAGGAGUCAGGCUAUCGGGUGGAGAGAAGCAAAGGGUAGCCAUUGCACGAGUGAUGAUCAGAAACCCGCCCGUAAUUUUACUGGAUGAAGCCACAUCGGCUUUAGAUACAACAACUGAAAGAGAGAUUCAAGAAGCUCUACAAAAGCUGGGCCAAGGAAGGACGACAGUUGCGAUUGCGCAUCGUCUCUCAACCAUUGUCAACUCAGAUAUUAUCUUAGUGAUCGGGAAGGGGAGAAUCGUCGAAAAGGGAACUCACAGCGAUUUGCUUGCUCUCAAAGGGCUUUAUUCUGAUCUUUGGGCCAAACAGAUUAGAGCGGAAGUGGAAGCAGGUGGAAGUGAAAGUCUUCUAAAGCCACCGGUUGUCCAGUCUUCCUCUACUAGUUCCUCCGGCGGCGAGAGUGAACCCGCCAUAAACUAGUAAUGUGAUUGUUAUCUCCAUAAUAGCCACACUAGCAGCACCUCUACCCAAAAUCGCGAUAACAACAAUGGCAAGGUAAUAUACGUCUUCUGCGGGGAAGUCAAUAUGUUUUUGAUUUCCUUUUUUUGUUAUCAACAUAGACUGUUUUGUCUUGUCAGACCAAAUCCCCCAACCUUACUUUUGUUUUCUUGGCCCCAUCAAAAAUAAUGGCAACAAGAACAAAUAAUCAAACUCCAUUAACAUUUCACGUUGUUUGGUGGCUUUUUGUGAUAGAAUCUCGCGCUUUUUUUCCGCGACUUUUUCGAUCUAAUAAUUUCUACGCGCGCCGCCGCGCGACAUCUUUUUGUCUGCUGUGAUUUAUUUCAAUUUGUUUUUGUGAUGUGUUUAAUUGAUAUUGUUGACAGUUGUAGUAAACUACAUUCUUAGAACCAAGUGCUUAUCAUAGCUCAACGCUGACACGGCGGCGGCUGUGAAGCCAUUCAAACUGCUUGCGGUUUGCAUCAUGCAAGCAUACAAUCAAUGUAUGCAGACUCUUUUUUUCAAAUUCCGCUGUGUG